AUGGACCAUAGAGGGGACAAUGUUACUGUCCAGCCUAAAAACCAGGAGGCAAUUUUGGGUCAAAACUUAGGUAUGGACUCUAAUGCCCUAUUUGAAACAUGUCCUAGAGAGGAGGGCAACACUAGGAGGAAAAUAGGGGAUUCAUUAGGAGAGAAUCACCCAGAAAUAGCUGCAGGACAAAUGGAGGCCACUGGUCUUGAUAGGUCUCCCUUUUUACUGGGCCAAAAGGUGGUAGAGUUGACUAGUGAGGUUGCAGGGAUAGAUUGGCUUGCAUCACCAAUGACAUGGGUGUGCAUUGGUGAUUUCAAUGAAAUCAUUAGCCAGGAUGAAAAAGUUAGGGCAUCAACUAGACCAUACAAGCAGCUGGAGGCUUUUUGUGAGGCCAUAGACACCUAUUCCCUAUCCUUAAUCUACACUAAAGGCCAAAAAUUCCCCUGGUCAAACAAGAGGAGGGGAAAGAGAUUUACAAAAGAAAAACUUGAUAGAGGUCUGGAAAACUUAGAUUGGAAAUUGAAAUUCCCAAAUGCCACCUGUUUUGUUCUACUAGCUAUAAAAUCUGACCAUUCCCCUCUCCAUUUGCAGUUAGCUGAUUUUCCACCUGAAUGCAGAAGAACAAAGCCUCCAUUUCGAUAUGAAGCACUCUGGUCCUUAGAGACAAAAUGUUCUACCAUCAUACUAUCUACUUGUUCAAGGAUAACAGAUGGAAUAGAUGCUAGCUCAAAUAUCAGAACAAAGCUUUCCAACUACACCUCGGCUUUGCAAAAGUGGGCUACCGGUUUGAAAAGAGAAGGUCCAACUAAGUUCAGACAACAUAUAGAUAAAAUUGCAAGCCUACAAUCAGUUGACAAGGGAGACCAGACAAACACUAUCCAACAAUUACAGCAAGAGAUGGAACAAGACCUGGCUGAGGAGGAAUUAAAAUGGAAGCAAAGGGCAAAGCAGCAAUGGUUACAACAUGGAGACAAAAACACACAUUUCUAUCACAUGCAUGCUAACCAAAGGAGGAAGACCAACACAAUUUCUCACAUUAGGGACCAAAAUGGUUUGAAGACUUCGAAUAGGGAGAAAAUAGCAGUAGCUUUCUCUAACUUUUAUUCUCAAUUGUUCCUAUCCUAG